GCAUUCCUCGUCGUGUGAGAACGGCACCCCCUCACCAUCAGCAUUUUAUUUGUCCCAUCAUUCGUAACAUAUGUCAAACAACGUGGUCAUAGCGUGUUUGUUGUACUUGUCCACUUCUUUACCAUACACUCUAUGAUUAUGGAAAGCGACCUAACUGAAAACAUCGCCUCAGAUGUUCUUUUCAAUACCGACCUUCUGGCUAUAAUCUGCCAAAACCUCUGGGAUACUGUGAAAACGGGUGGCUGUCCAGUCGCUCCCAACGGCAAUCGCGUCCAUCCCCUUGUAUCUCUAGCUUUGACGUGCCAGACUGUGUCAUCGCUAGCGCUGGACACACUAUGGAGAGAUAUCCAAGCUUAUGGGUUUCAGCCAAUCCUACGCAUUUUCCCCUGCGUCUUCAGGGAAUCUGCAGGUACUGCCAGAAGAUAUCCCUGACAAGACAUGGGUCCGUUUCCGGCAGUAUGCUAGUCGUAUUCGAUGCAUCGCAUUUGAUCCCACUAGUUGUGGCCGCUUCUCUUCGACUGUAUUUCUCCGCCUAGCUGAGUAUCAAACUCCCAUAUUUCCCAGACUGCAAUAUCUGAAAAGUGACGCAUCUUUUGCGGCUUCUCCUUCCAUUCUUCUCUUUCUCCCUGCGAAACCACUGAACGAGAUACAGUUGACGUUCCGAGGUUCGACGGACGUCACCACGUCGUCAACGUGUAUGCGGGCCAUCAAAUGGCAAGUACCUGCCCUGCAAACACUCCACAUUUAUUGUCCAGAGUUCGACAAUGGCCAAUAUCAAGCCGUUCUCUUCACCAAUCUAUACUCCAUCACCAAUUUUGUGGGCCUCGGAGAUCUUCGUUCUUUAACUAUCAAAUCCCACUUGGUAGACUACGAUUUCCUCAUCGCCCUCUCUACAUUUGACAACCUCGAGCACCUUCACGUGAAAACUACAUCGAACAUUCCUAGCGGCAGCCGUCAAAUCCAGGACGGCUUCCCUUCCCUCAAAUCUCUCCAUAUCACUGCCAAGGUAUCGGAGAUGUCACGCAUUCUCCGGCUUUUCCAUCAAGGUACACUGGAGACGCUCACCUUUGUCGAUACCUCCGGCGAGGCAUUCCGCACCAGCUCAGAGUUCAUGAUGGACUUUUACCGUGAACUAGUAGUGCGCUUCCCCCUCCGCCAUCUCUCCAUAACCUACCGGUCCGCACAGUUCGAUAGAACACUCUGGGCCUCCUCAAGAGUGGUGUUUGAGCCGUUAUAUGAACUGCAUCUCUUGAGAUCCAUCCAUUUUGUGGGCGAACUGGUAUUGGACGAUGAGACUAUCAAAACUCAUCUCGCACCGUCAUGGCCUGACAUUGAAUCGAUUUCGAUGCCUCAGUUGCCUGGAGACCCUCCUUCAUAUGCUAUGCUCCCCGCUUUGGCCAAAUGUUGUCCAAGACUUGUGUCGCUGACCAUGCCUAUCGGAUUUCCUGACAUACCAGCGGUAGAGGAGGUGCUUUCACAUCGGCUGCAGAUAUUGAAGUCGGUGAAUACGAUAGCAAAAAAGCCGGCUCUCAUCGCAAGGUUCCUGGAUAGGAUCUUUCCGUUCUUGGUGCGGGUUGAAGGAGGGUCGGGUUGGACUGAGGUUGAUUCAACCCUUCGGGAUGUGUGUCAGCCGAUUCGGUGGGACCAGCAUCAGAGGGAGCGGGGAAAGUGAUGGUGAUUAUGUCCAAAGAGUAUGGGAAGGAAACUGACUGUAUGCC